AUGGCCAUAGACUCUGAAACGUUUUAUGGAAAGGGAAAAGACAGAAAGGUCUCCUCCUUCGAAGGAAAUAUUGAAAAAUAUAGUGUACUAAAAAGGAUAAGCAAUUUUAAUGAUACAAAUACAAACAGCAUAAAAAAAAGGUAUUUCUACAAACAGCAUGAUGCUCUUUUGUAUUACAGGGAGUUAUUAAAAUGGGGGGAAUCAAACAUCCAUCAGGAUGAUAAAUACGACUACAGUAAAUACGAUAAGGCUGAUAAUGAUGAUAACAGAGUUACUGAGGGCAGUAAUCAUAAUGAUAAUAAGAAAGUAGUAUUAUACACAGAAGAGCUGGAAAACGGAAAGAGGUGUUUUAUUCUGGACAGUUUUUAUAAUUUUUUAAAAUCCUACUGCAUUUAUGCUCUAUCAUUGGAUGAGAUUUAUUUUGGAGAUAAAAAGGAUAAAGACAAAAAUUCAUUACCAAUAAAUCGAAGCAGAAAAGAGGACGAAAUGCAUUUGUAUGAACUGAUCAUAACAAAUGAAAAUCGAUGGCUUUUUUUUGAUAUAGAAUAUGACAUGAUAAAUAAUUAUGAAAGUAAAAAUCAUAUAUUAUUCAUAUUUCUCAUCGAGUUAUGUUUAUUUGUAUACACAUAUUUUGACAUAAAAAUAUGUUUAAACGAUAUUUUAAUUUUAGAAAGUUCUUCAAAUGAAAAAAUAUCCUUUCAUAUAAUUGUAAAAAAUAUUCAUAUAUUAAAUUAUAAUUAUUAUGAAUAUUUAGUAGAUUAUUGUUAUUUUUUUUUGAAGAAUAAUAUGAACAUACCAGAAAAUAAUUUUUAUGAUAAAUACAAGAAAUAUCAAACAAAAAUGAAGCAACAACAAAAUUAUCUACUUUUUAGUAAUGAAAAUUAUGUAAAAUAUUUUGUUGAUUUAUUUAUAAAUCAUAUAAUUACAACUAUAGAACAGAGCGAAAAUGCAUGCAUUAUUAAUUCUUCCACAGUUUAUAUACAAUGUGAACCAAAGGGUCCUAUUUUGAACAAAAAUUAUUAUACUUUUAAUGACUCAAAUUUUUAUAGCUACACAAAUAUGAGGUAUCCAAAGUAUCAGGCCUAUGAUACAAAUGCUAGAUGCUUUGACAAGGUAAGCGACUGCACAAAUUUGACAAAUUUGAGAACAGCACAAAAUAUAUACAAUGGAAGAAUAGAAAGGAGUUCAAAUAAUUUAAUGAAUAAAAAUACAUUCGAUCUUAUAAACGAUUUUAGCGAGGUACAAGAUUUAGUAACUGCAAUUGAGGAAGGAAGAUAUCCACAAAUAAGUAAUGGGAUAAUUAAUAACUGCAUUGGUUGCUCAACCAAAAGUGAAAAAACAGAUGAAGAGAGGGGGGAAAAGGUAGAAAAGAAUAAAAAAAAAGGAUUCUAUUUUGAUUUAUACAACCAUAUGUUGGAAUAUAUUGUAGAGCAUUAUAUAAAAAAAUUAAAAAAUGAAAACUAUCACGAUGAGCAAACAGAAAAUUAUAUAAUUUUACUUUUCGCAAUAAAGAAGGACGUAAAUUUAGGGAGCAAUGUUCAUAGGGGUGGAAGUAAGGAUGAUAAAAGGGGAAAUAAUUGGGGGGAUGAUGGGGACGAUAAAAAGGAUGACCUGAAUAACCGUCUGAAGGAUGACCAAGAUUUGAAAUAUUGUGAAUUAUCGUCCAAAUUAGAAGAAUAUAACUAUUCGAAGCAAAUGGGGAAGGACUCCGUUAAACGGUUAAUUCAAAAACAAAAGAAUAAUUUUGUUUGUGCAUGUGGACAAAGCAUGGAAACUAACAGGGAGGUUGUCAUGUUAAAAUGCAUUAUUGACAACUCGGUGUAUAGCAGGAACAGAAAUUUUCGAAUGAUUUUUUCUAGUAAAAAAAAAAAUAAUAAUAAAUUAUUGGUAAGCAAUUCAAACGUUAAGAAAUAUGACAAAAGAGAUAUAAGCAAUUUGAUAUUAAAAAGUCUGGUUGCAUUUUAUUUUAAAAGUGACUUACCUUAUAAGAUAAGUGAAGACGCUCUCUUCAAAAAUGAUAAGUUAAAGAACAAGUACGGAGAAAUAAAUUUCAUUAACCACGGUGCGGUAAAUAUAUAUAACAGUAGUAGCAAUAAUAACUCUAGUAGUACCAGCAUUUUACUCAAAAUGAAACAGCGAAAUGUGCAGAGAAAUGUAAGCUUAGACCUAGUAAAUUAUGACCAUGCUCAUAAUAUGUUAAAAAUUAUCUUUUAUUGGAAUUUUGAACUAUAUAAAAAUUUUAAAAAAAAUAAAAUCUAUGUAAAUAAUUUUCAAAGUGAAAUAAACAAGGAAUACUUUUACAGAAUUAUUCUAAUUUAUAACAAUCUGAAAUAUGAAAAUUAUGAACACAUCAAUCAGUGCAACAUAAGUAGUACCUUAAAUUUUGAAAAUGAAGAAAAAUGCUUUGAACAAGGAGUCAUUAAAAAUGCUUGUGAAGAAUCACAGGGCAAUGUCCUAAGCAAAGAGGAUAAUCAGAAGAGGAAUAAACAUGAACGUAAAGGUAGAGCCCAAGAUAAUGCAUAUAAAGGCAUCCUUUCCAUAAACUACAACUACUUAGACAAAUACGAUAUACUAUUUCUAAAAAAUGAAACAUUCUUUUUUUACGUGUUAAGUGAAUAUAAAAAAAUUUUUAAUAUUAAAGCGGAUGGAUAUCCUUCUUUGUUAAUAAAAUACUUUAUCUAUUCCAUCUCGUGUAAUAACGACGAAUAUACGCUAAAUUUCAGGGAUAAUAAAUAUUGUAAAAAUAAAAAUCUCUCACACAAAUCUAAUCAUAUUUAUAUUAUUUAUAAUUAUAUUAAAAACCUGUUCGUUCAAAAAUGUCACGAUAAUGAAUGUUCCUACUUCGUUUCAGAGAUAUAUUAUUUGUAG